AUGAACGCCUUUAACUACGACAGUGGCGACUUGCACAUGGAUAGCCCAUACGACAGCUGGUCCACAACGCUCCUCCUCUCCAGACCUGACGACUCAUCGAGUAUGUCCUCCCCAAACCAAUCCAGCCAGUCCACCUCUCCCUCAUCAUUAUCAUCAUCAUCGUCGCCUUCCCGCAUAGUAACGACAUACCACCCUCCACUCACGGGUCCUGCACCACAACUCCCUUACACCGCCGCCCCACCCAUCGGUAGCCGUCCACGUUACUCAGCCGGGACGCCCUACCCCGAUUUGUCCUUAUGCUCCCCCACGGACCCGCUCGUAUCUGCCACCACAGGCACAACUGCAGCGACGAGCACAAAUGGCGUGACAGAUCGCGACCCACGCACACCAGCUUCGGCGGAGUCGUCCGUGUCAUUGUCCCAGCUUCUGCACGAAAGCGUGUAUGCGGUGCCAAACGGGAGGGAAUCGCCCAUAGGCUGGUAG